AGUGACCUUUGAGGAUGUAGCUCUGAACUUCAGCAUGGCUGAGUGGGCUUUGCUGACUCCAUCCCAGAAGAAGCUCUACAGAGAUGUGAUGUGGGAGACAUUUAUGAAUAUUAAUGCUAUAGGAAAAACAUGGGAUAAGCAGCAGUUUGGAGAAGAGGACAAAAAUUGUUCAAGAAUUUCAAGAUAUGGUUCAGACAAUCGUUUGAGAUUUGAAGAGAAGUUAUAUAAAUGUAAUGAACAUAGAAAAACCUGCAGUGAUUUCCAGUCCUUUCAGGAGCAUGAAAUGAGAAAGUCUGGAGAGAAACCACACCAAUAUGAGCAAUAUGGCGAGGCCAACUCUGAUCUUACUGAACAAACUCUCCCUUGGGAGAAAACCUUCUUAGGUGGCCUUGAUAGUGACAGUCUACAGGAAUGUGGGACUCAUUCAUCUGCAAGCCACCUGCUUUUCCUGAGGCAUCACCAGCAGGAGACAGUGACUGUUGAGGAUGUAGCUGUGAAGUUCACAAUGGCAGAGUGGGCUUUGCUGAAUCCAUCCCAAAAGAAGCUCUACAGAGCUGUGAUGUGGGAAACACUGAGGAAUAUUUAUGCUGUAGGAAGAACAUGGGAUCAACAGCAAACAGGAGAAGAGGACAAAAAUUGUUCUAGAAAUCUAAGAUAUAAUGCACACAAUUAUUUGAGAUUUGAAGAGAAGCUAUAUGAAUGUAAUGAAUAUGGAAAAAGCUGUAGUGAUUUCCAGUCCUUCGAGGAGCAUGAAAUGAGGACUGUCAAGAAACCCUGUCUAUAUGGGCAGGGUGUGAAGGCUACCUGUGAUCUUAGUGAACAAACUCACCAUGGGCAGAAAACACUUUUAGGUAAGAAAAGUAUGAAAGUCCCCACAACACUCCAUGAUGUUCAAAUGCAUAAAAGAAAGCAGCGUUUGAGGAGUCCAUAUGCAUACAAAUACUUUGAGAAUAGUUUCAUUUCAUCAUACUUUAUCCAGAAUUUUGAAAGAAGACAUGCUGAAGAGAAUCAACGUGUAAAUACCAAAUGUGUGAAAACAUUAGCUCUUAGUAAUUCCUUUCCAAAACAUAACAAAAUUCACACUGGGGAUAUACUUUAUGUAUAUAAGCAUUACAGAAAAGCAUUUCCUUGUAAGUCCUCAUUUCAUAAGCAUAGAAUAUCCCACAUGGAAGAGAAAACAUAUGUAAGUAAGCAAUGUAGGAAAGCAUUCAAGAGGAACAGUAUCUGUCAAAAUCAUGAAAGAGCUCACACUGGUGAGAAACCUUAUGCAUGUCAAACAUGUGGGAAAAUAUUCAGCACAGUGACAGGUUGUACGAUGCAUGAUAGAACCCACACUGGAGAGAAACCCUAUAUAUGUAAGCAGUGUGGGAAAGCAUUCAGCCAAAACGGUACCCUUCUAGUACAUAAAAGAAUUCAUAGUGGGGAGAAACCCUAUGUAUGUAAGCAGUGUGGGAAAGCAUUCCGCCAAAAAAGUCACCUUGUAGUACAUGAAAGAAUUCACACUGGGGAGAAACCCUAUGUCUGUAAGCAAUGUGGGAAAGCAUUCAGCCAAAAUGGUACCCUUCUAGUACAUGAAAGAAGUCACACUGGGGAGAAAUCCCAUGUAUGUAAGCAGUGUGGGAAAGAAUUUAGCCGAAAUGGUCACCUUGUAGUACAUGAAAGAAUCCACACUGGAGAGAAACCCUAUGCAUGUAAGCAAUGUGAGAAAGCAUUCAGCAUUAAGGGUAACCUUGUAGUACAUGAAAGAAUUCACACUGGGGAGAAACCCUAUGCAUGUGUGCAAUGUGGGAAAGCAUUCAGCAUAAAUGGUAACCUUUUAAAACAUGAAAGAAUUCACACUGGGGAGAAACCAUAUGUAUGUAAGCAAUGCGGGAAAGAAUUUAUCCAAAAUUGUCAUCUUAUAGUACAUGAAAGAAGUCACACUGGGGAGAAACCCUAUGUAUGUAAGCAAUGAGGGAAAGCAUUCAGUGCACACAGUACUUGUCAGCAUCAUGAAAGAAUUCACACUGGGGAGAAACCAUAUUAAUGUAAACAGUGUGAGAAAGCAUUCAGCCAAAAUGAUCACCUUCUAGUACAUGAAAGAAGCACAUUGGGGAGAAACUCUAUGCAUGUAAACAAUGUGGGAAAGCGUUCAGCCUAAAUGGUAACCUUUCACGACAUGAAAGAAUUCACACUGGAGUGACAUCUUAUGAAUGUAAGCAGUGUGGGAAGGCAUUCAGCAGGCACAGUGUCUGUCAAAAUCCUGAAAGAGCUCACACUGGUGAGAAACCUUAUGUAUGUCAAACAUGUGGGAAAGAUUUAGUACAGUGACAGGUUAUACAAUUCAUGAUAGAGCUCACACUGCAGAGAAACCCUAUGUGUGUAAGCAGUGUGGGAAAGCAUUCAGCCAGAAUGUUAACCUUUUACAACAUGAAAGAAUACACACUGGGGAGAAACCCUAUGUCUGUAAGCAACGUGGGAAAGCAUUCAGUACACACAAUAGUUGUCAACAUCAUGAAAGAAUUCACACUGGGGAGAAACCGUAUGAAUAGAAGCAGUGUGGGAAAACAUUCAGUACAUACGGGGAUUGUCAAAUUCAUUAAGGAAUUCACAUUGGAGAGAAACAGUAUGAAUGUAGGCAAUAUGGGAAAGCAUUCAGCCAGAAUAGGAACCUUCUUGUACAUGAAAGAGUUCUUACUGGGUAGAAUCACUAUGUGUGUAAGCAAUGUGGGAAAACAUUCAGUGCACACAGUACAUGUCAACAUCAUGAAAGAAUUUAUACUGCGGAGAACCGCUGUGUCUGGAAGUAGUGUAGGAGAGCAUUCUACUGAAAUUACACCCUUCUAGUACAUGAAAGAAUUCACACUGUGAAGACAUUCGGUAUAUACAAGCAAUGUGGGAAAGCAUUCACAGACACAGUCAGUGUCAACGUCACGAAAGCACCCCCAGUGGGGAAAAAAGGUAUACAUGUAAGCAACGUGGAAAAUAUUUCAACCACCGGAGUGAUUGUCACAAACAUGAACGAAUCCACACUGGACUGUAACCUUAGGCUUUUGAACAAUGAAGGAAUGUACUCAGUGCACCAAAAUUCCCUCACAUCCAGGAAAUAGUGCCCAUAAGGAAAAGCCCUGUGUAUGUAUUUGCUAUGGAAAAGAUUUGCUGCUAGGUUUUCAUUUGAAACAUGGAAUUCCCUUUUUACUGGGGAAUAACUGUAUAUAAGAAAUGUGGCACAAAAUUCAGCUGAGAGAAAUGCUAUUCUUCAGAACAGUGUCACUUUGUGGCCAUUGGCUUUGUAUUCAUUGAGGGAAAGCAUUCAGUAUAUAUGGGUAUUGUCAAAUAUGUUGAAGAAAUCACACUGAAGUGAAAUUCUAUGUAUGUGAGACUAGUUUGAAAAUACUUUGAAAAUUAUGAAUAUAAAGGAGACCAGUAGAAAUAAUAUAAAAUAUUGAUGUCCAUAUAAUUGCCAGAAAAUACACACAAAGGUGGAGAUGUCCUACAGUGUAUUCCUUUUGUGUUUUUCAAUAAAUCACAAAGAAAUAUCUAU